UCUCCUGCUUGUUCUUCUCCUGGUUCUCUUGCAUUUGAGUAUCAUCUGCUGCUGCACCCAACAUCGAACACUACACAAACAUAUCUAAACACAUUUACGUGUAUAUUCCAGCACACACUCGGUAACACACACACACACACACACACACACACACACACACACACAGACUCUCACACCGCUGCUCAGUGGUUUUCCUGCUGCUAAGGUAAGUUGAAUCAUCAGUAUUAGUGGAUUCACUGGUUUCGCAGGUUUAAUAUCAUUAAUCGUCACUGGUCAUUGACUGUGGUGUCUUUGUUGAACUAAUUGGGUUUUUUCUGUUCUUCAGAUGCCGAGAGCCCGGGGUCAUCGGCGUGCUAAGGCGGCGAGACGCAGGCUGGCGCAGCCCCAGGACUGGAGUCCUGCACCUGCUGUUCCGGAGUUUGUGGCCCGGCGUGGCACAGGCUUUCGGCACCGUGUGCGGAGAUGGCCAACUUCUGUCCUGACCGGGAAGUCCCGCAAGUUGGUCACUCCUGCCCGGGAUCCGGAGAAGAAGAUGGUGUUCGUCGUUGGAGACUCGCACCUGAGGGCCAUGGUGGACGGGUAUGUAGCUGUGCCCGAGGGACCUCUGUGCUUCUCCUAUCUGUGUGUUCCAGGUGCAGUGGGCUCCCAGCUGAGGACGGAGCUCCUGCAUGCUGACCUGCCCUGGACCCCAGAUGCUGUGUGUGUGUGCGCCCCCAGCAACGACCUUGUGUCCCGGACUGUGGACAGUGCAGGUCUCGACUUCAGUGCUCUCUUGACCACGGCCUGCAGCUUCUGGCCCAAGGUGUUCGUGCUGGACUUCCCUCCACGCCUGAACAUUGAGCCUGGCCUUCAGGAGCUGCUGCGUCAGGAAUACCAUCGUGUCGCAGCACGUAUGGGUGUCCCGUACGUGUCUGUGGCAGAGCACUUUCCCCUGCACCGGUUGGAGCUGUGGUGCCCUGACCAGGUGCACUUGAGUGACUCGCAUGGGAUGGAGGUUUUGGUCCAGCUGCUGUGGGAGGCUGCUUUCCAGCAGCUGGUGCCUCCUCCAUCCCAGGCACCGGUGCGUCCCCCUGCGCCAAAGCGUGCCAGGGUUGCUCCCAGGCUGGUGGUGACGGGACACGCUCCCGUGCCCCGUCACAGGAACCCCUGGGAGUGGAGUGUGGUUGGACAGGGGGGCAAGGCUGCACGCCCGGCGGAGGGAUCCUCUGCGAUCCCUCCCAACCCGGUGUGGUUCCGGGGGCCCAUGUUGGACGCCAUGGAGAAGGUGUCCCCUUCUUCUGGCUCUGACGGCGGCCCCGCUGUCCUGCCAGCUGGCCAGACCUCCCGUGUGGUGCGUCGGCCAGCAGGUGUUGGCAGGAGGCACAGAGGGGGAAGGCAGAAGGUGUUGGCAACGCCUUCACCUGCUUGUGAGCCCAUGUCUGCUUCUUGCCCCAGCCCACCAGUCCCCCAGGUGGAAGCACCAACCCAGGAGGUGGUGGAGGAGGUGUUGCCCCCGACUGCAGGCCCGGUUCCAGCAGCGGUCGGGGAGGAGGUUCCUGCAGCGUGCCCUGCUGUGCCGACGGAGCGACGCCUCAUCCCCGAAGCUAAGUGUCCCGUUCUUGAGAGUUCCCAGUCAGGCCAGUCAGGUGUUGGUGUGAGCGCAGCGAGGCCAGCAGCAGUGGUUGAUGUCAGGACUGGGAUCAGGCUUCUGAAGGCUGUGCAGGGAUCCUUCCAUCAGGGCAGUCAGAGGUUUAUCGAUGUGUUUUGUACACUCUGCCGGGCGGACUAG